AUGUGCUUUCAAAGAGGCUUGAAGGCAUUGCACCGUUCAUUUGCAACACUGGAUAAAUCAUACCUACCCAUAAUCACUCAAAAAGAUGAAAGAGUAAUCAAAAGAAUCGAUAUAGAAAGGAAAGCACUUAUAACCCAUCAGCAAGAAGCUUAUAAAGAAGGAAAAAUUGAGCCAAUGAUACACAUUAUUGAAAAGAUCCAGGAUGCAGUAAAAAAGAACUUAACAACGCCAGCAGAAAAGCUAGAAAACGCAGUCAAAUUUGUAGCUGAGGACUCUUAUAAUGAUUUUCUUCAAAAAUUCCAAGAGCACUAUGGGAAUUUUGCCAUAGAUCUCUAUGGAAAUGAUAAAGAUCUAAGAAGUCUUGCAAUUGAGUCCAGAGGGGAAAUUGUGCCUGCUAGAAUUCAUGUAGAGCAAGAAAUGAUGGAGAUUAGAAAAUAUUAUAUUGCCAAUUUGUCAGCUCCAGGCUGCAUUGAAACUAUUAAUCCAAAUAAGUUUCUCAGACUCAAACCAAUAGAAGAAUUCCCAUUACUUCCAAUUGAGCCGAUUUCUCCAUCUGUUUUAAAGCGGUACAAUGAUGAAAUAAUGGGAAAGAAGAAAGAAGGCUACAAGUUUAGGAUUGAUAAAAGCCGAGUCAUAUCUAUGUCUAUGAUGUUCACUUGCUUUGUGAUUUUCAUAUUCCUAGUUUUCUAUUUAUAUAGAGCAGAUGAGGAGUCUUGGGUGAGACUGGAAAGAAAUAGAAAUAAAAAUAGAAGAAGUGAGUAUGGACUAGGUGCAUAA